AUGACAGGGGAAGGCCGCGAGACACACGAGGGUAAGAGUAUCUCAGCAGUUCGAAGUGAAAAGAUCUUUUCCUGUAAAUGGCAGCCUGUCCUGUCGCCGUCCUUUUAG